AUUAUCAAGCGACAAGAUGUCCAGUAAUGUCCCGGCAGAUAUGAUAAAUCUACGCCUCAUCUUGGUAAGCGGGAAAACGAAGGAGUUCCUCUUUUCUCCUAACGAUUCAGCUUCAGACAUUGCAAAGCAUGUGUAUGACAAUUGGCCAAUGGACUGGGAAGAAGAGCAGGUUAGCAGUCCAAAUAUUCUACGACUUAUUUAUCAAGGGCGAUUUUUACAUGGAAAUGUCACAUUAGGAGCAUUAAAACUUCCUUUUGGUAAAACAACAGUGAUGCAUUUGGUGGCCAGAGAGACAUUGCCAGAGCCAAAUUCACAAGGUCAGAGAAAUCGUGAAAAGACUGGAGAGAGUAAUUGCUGUGUGAUCCUGUAAAGAUGUCUGCUAAGUGUGAUGUGGCUGUAGUCUUUGUCUUUCAUGCUGCUGGGACAGAAGAGACCCAACAUUGCUUCAGAAACCCUUAGGAAGAGUCUGCCUGUGAAUUUAUGGAACUGAAUUACCACAUGAACACUUCAUCAUUUCUCAUAAAAAUAGAAAGAACCAAGAACAUUUUUCACUCUGAUUUUUUUGUUUCUGAUAUUUUUAUGUUAAGCAGUUUUAUUAUAUACUGGUUUGUGAAUACAGUCAGUCUCCAGGGGAAAAAUUAAGAAGUUAUCAUUCAUAGGAGAAAUUAUUUUUCCUCCACAAAAAUUUCCAUCACCAGAACUAACAAAUCAAAUGUUCCAAUACAGUUUUCACUAAAAUGAUUGGCAUUAUUUUCCUCAUAAGCAGAAUUUAUUACUUGGUUUAUGGUAUCUAAAAAUACUCAUGCACAAUUCCAUACUAAAGACACUCAGCAAUUAAUGAAGGGCCAACUUAAGAGAAAAUGAGAAAGUUACUAAAAUGUUGGGUGAAUUCUACCAAAGUCAGCCCUGGUGGCUGCACUGGCACAGAAUACUAAACUGAGUGUGACUUUUCACUGCAACAAAUGAAAAAAAAAUGUGCCUGUUGUUUUAAAGCACUCAGUCUAGGGCUGAUGAAAUGAAUUGUUUUUUUCUUUAACUUGUGCACUCUAUAGUCAGACAGUAACUGAGUGCUUGUUCACACAGCACAAAAAGGGGCGAGUGCGUUUCCUAGCCUUAAUGUGGGAGGGGUAAAUUCCAAUCACUCGUAGACUUUCAUCAUUGUGCAAAACUAGUAGAAAACCUCGUUUACUCAUCAAUUUUAUUUACUUCAAUAUUAGCAAGUUGAAUUUUUCCAUAAUUAUUGUUCAUCUGUAAUUGUGCCCAGUGUCUUACUCAGUAGAGAGUUCAGAUGAAUUCUUAAAAUUCUCCAUAGUACUAAUUUUAUUUCUUUAUGUAGUUUGCAUUUGGUAUUAGUGCUUGCAAUUGUAUUAAAAUCAAAAGGUAAUUUUUAAGGCAUACAUGGGUAAGGAUGCCAUUCUUUUGUUUUAUACCAAUAAUUUAAAAAUUGAUAUGCUAAAAAAAACUAUUUGCACAACACUAAAGCAUGAGCUAGUUUCAUCUAAAUCUGUAAAAAUAGAAAAGAUUUUAUAUUUUUUCACUGGGAAGAAAUCCUUCCUGGAUGAAAUUACAAAUAUGUGUAGAAUAUAUUUAAUAAAGAACUUAUAAAAUACCUAAAUAUAGAACUUAAAUAUAGAUUGGCGUGUAGUACAUAGAACAAUAUUCCAUAUACAUAACUUUAGCCUUUUUAAGAAUCAAAUUGCUGGCUGACAUUAAGUUCUAAGUAAGUGUUCACAGCCUUGGCAAACAUUAAGUGUAAAUGGUUUCAAGUGGUCAACUUUGUUUAAAGAUUAAUUGGAUUAUUUCCUUCAUCUUAACACUGAUGAAAAGGCUUUAUAUGCAGUAGAUCUACAAAAAAUAUUGUUCAUACUGAUCAGAAUUAAAUUUGUAUAGAGCAGAGUUUUAAAAUGAGUGUAAAUAGCACUAAACAGUUUCUUUCUGUAACUUGUACUUAAUAGAUUCUUUCUGUAAAACUAAAUUUAAAAAAGUAUAGUGCAUUUCAGUGGUAAUUUUAAAGGUCUUGAUUAGGUCAAUAAUUGUUUAAGUUUUGUUUCAUUUAUGUUAAAUUGUUUUCUGCUUUUAUUUCUGAAUCUUUUAAUUCAUUUAUUAUUACUCUGUUGUUGGUUUGGGGAAUAUUCCCAGUGUGUCUUUAUUAUUUCAUCUGGCUAAAGUGUGCAGAGUUUCAUACAGAUAGACUUACAUAGUCUUUGUAAUCACUAAAAUGUCACAGUCAUGGGUUGUUAAAUAUUUAUAUGCUUUGUUGACUAGCUUAAAUGUGAAUUCUGUUAGUAUUGACUAAAGAAGAAUUUAGUAGUUCCUUAAUUGGGUAAUUAAGCCAUUUAUUGCUCUAUUUUUUUGUAAAGCAAGCUACUAUGACUGAUUAUUUUUAAAAUCUAUUUUAAUUCUAAUUACGCUUUCAGUUUUUUUCAAAGUUAAAGACUAUCAGUUAAUUGUGAUUGGUGGUUAAAAAAUAUCCUCUAUUGAUUUUCAAUAUAUUUUUUCCGUGUUCCCAUAUUAUAAAUUUUCCUUUCACAAAACCUCAAUUUCAAGUUUGCAAAACAGAUAAACUGGUUGAUAGAAAGAAUGAUAUCACACAAUACUUAAUAUCACUGUUGUGAAAAAUAGAAUAAAAAUUAGCAGUAAAAUUAUUUACUGAAAGCACCAAAAAUUUGGAUGCCUUAAUAGUGUAUACAUGAAAAUACUAUCCCUCUUAAAAUAGUUCCUUAGGCUGCCUGGAGGUCAGAAUUUGGUUGGUCUGUUCCAAGGCUACAACGGAAGAUCCUCUGCCAAAAUUAACAACUCACUGUCUAAACGUGAGCACCACAUAAUUCCAAUAAUGUAUAUAAUGACAGAAUUCUGGGCCUAAUGACCCAACCCAGAUGAAUAUCCAACUCACUUCUUUUAACCUAAAUUAUCUUAGACUUUAUUAACUAUUCUGAACAAAGCAAAAGCUGUCAUCUUUAUUAAAACCUAAGCAUGUCUUCUCUGGAUUAUUUGCUUUUUCCUGAUAAGUUGUAUCUUAUCAUGAAAAAUAUAGUUCCUAACAUCAGUCAUUCAUAUUAAAUGAGGUUUUCUCAUAACAAACACUUGCCCUUAGUUUUAUGUCAACUUGACCAAUGUUAUAGUAAUUUCUGUUAGCUGAUUGUGGUAAACAAUGUUUAAUGUGAAAAGAAAUUAAAACUUUAUUCAUCUGUUGUAGAA